AUGGCUGCUCGUUCGCUCGUUCUUUCGGCUCUGGCCCUCUUGCCAUUGAUCAGGGCUCAACAGGUCGGGACGUCACCUGAGGUACACCCUCGGCUUACCAGCCAGUUCUGCACCAAGAAGGAUGGCUGCAAGACGCUGCAGACCUCUGUGGUGCUCGACGCUCUAACUCACCAAAUCGUCCAGACUGGCAACAAAUCUACUAUCGAGGGAAUCAGCGACUAUGCCUCGCAUGGCGUUCAGACCUACGGCGACACCAUCAAUCUUCAUCAAUACCUCAACAUCAACGGCACCGAGCAGACCGUUUCCCCUCGUGUCUACCUGUUGGACCCAUCCGGUAAGAACUACCAGACUAUGCAGCUCCUAAACCAGGAGGUGACCUUUACGGUCGACCUGUCGAACCUGCCGUGCGGUAUGAACGGAGCACUCUACAUGUCCGCAAUGGAUGCAGAUGGUGGUCGCAGCGCCGGCAACCCCGCUGGAGCCACCUACGGUACUGGCUACUGUGAUGCUCAGUGCUUUAGAACCUCCUACAUCAACGGUAUCAUCAAUAGUGGUAAUUUCGGUGCAUGCUGUCAAGAGAUGGAUCUGUGGGAAGCCAAUGCUGCUGCCACUCAACUCACCCCGCACGCAUGCAACGUGACUGGUCUUUACCAAUGCACGAGCACCGAUGAGUGCAGCCAGCCAGUUGGUGUGUGCGAUGAGUGGGGCUGUGGCAACAACCCAUAUAAGGGUGAUACGAAUUAUUAUGGCUACCACAAGCUCAUCGAUACCACCCAGCCGUUCACGGUCGUGACACAAUUCAAGACGGAUGAUGGCACUAGCCAGGGUAACCUCAAUGCCAUCGUCCGCAAAUACGUGCAGAACGGCAUGGUAUAUGAGAACCAGCCGCAGACCUACACUGCCUCAAACGGCAGCAGCGUCAACACCACUGCUAUUGAUAAUGGCUACUGCGCCUCCACCUCCUCCUGGUUCGAGCAGCGCGGUGGUCUCGCCCAGAUGGGCAAAGCUUUGGACGUCGGCAUGGUCUUCAUCAUGUCCAUCUGGAACGACGCCGGUGGCAACAUGACCUGGCUCGACUCUGGGUCCAGUGGUCCUUGCACAGCCGAGGAGAGCGGUCCUUCAGUCAUCGAGGCCAACGACCCUACCACCAAUGUUAUCUUCAGCCAGAUCAAGUGGGGUGAUCUCGACUCGACUUACAAAGGCACUCCGUAUGGCCAGCCUCCAUCAAACUCGACGACAUCGUCGUCAUCUACGACCAAGACGUCUACAGUCACGAUCAAGACGUCGUCCACCACAUCCAAAUCACUGUCGACAACCAAGACUUCUACAUCCAAGUCAUCAUUGAAAUCCAAGUCCUCAUCAACAUCGAAGUCCUCAUCUGCAACAAAGACUUCUACUAAGACUUCCGCUUCCUCGAUGACUUCUACUACGAGCAGGGCUUCGUCUUCAACAAAACCUUCGUCUUCCACAAAGGCAACAAUCACGAGCAAGGCCGCUCCCCCGCCACCUCCUCCGCCGCCGCCGCCUCCACCACUGCCGCCGGCGCCGCCAGGACCUCCUAAACCACCUGGAUACGGUCUGAGGUAG